CAUAACAGUAGUCGCUGAGACGACAAAGUGACUAUGAACGCAUUCGAGUGUUUCACAUUUGCUCUUUUAACUGUCUUCCUUUUGCCGCUAAUAUCUGCAACCGUCGUUCAAGACUUUAAUCAUGUGGAGAGAUGCAAGGACUCCCUGUAUAUGGGGACGCCACCAAGAGGAAUCAUUGAAAGCAAACUCAAGAAAAUCUGCCAACGCUAUGCAGAUAAACCUCGUUAUGUGACGCUCUACGACCCUCGCAAGAGGAUUCCUGUUUACUCAGCUUAUACCUUCAAGAAAACAGAGGGGGACAGACGUGUGGAUUACCCAUGGAUGUACGAGCCACAGCUGGCAGAAAUUGAUGGCAAUGGAAACAUGCUUCCCUUCCCCACUGGCUACCUGCACAUGAAGUUUGAGGACAGCCAAGCGGUGUUGGAUGACUACUCUGAUGUGGUCCUCUAUGAGAGAGGUCACCUGAAUCCAGACCAGCACCAAUCUUCCCCACAUGACCGGGCCGCCACAUACACUUUGACCAACGUGGUCCCACAGAUACGGCAGUUCAACAUUGGACCAUGGCGUGAGUAUGAGGAGAGGAUCCGUGUCCGCCUUAAUAACUUCUGUCGUGGCACUGCCUUCAUAGUCACUGGCGUUACCACCAGAGGCAACAUGAUCCGUCGCAACAACCAGGACAGAGUGGCUAUUCCUGAAGAUGUGUGGUCUGCUUACUGCUGCACUGACUAUGACCGCAAUGCACCCCACGACGUCCGCAUUCGCUUCCCAUCUCAUGCAGCCUUGGCCAAAAAUGCCAAAGAAAGCAACAGCGUUCAUGAAAUGCCAGUUCAGGAACUUGAGAUCUUUCUGAAAAAUAAUAUGGAUGUUGACCAGAAUCUGCAGAUGUUUUAUGACAACUGCAUUUCUCCCUCACCUCUUCCUCUGUACCUACAACACACCAUCUGAUCUCUCUCAGUUACAUCUGGGUUUAUGUAAGCUUAUAAUUAUACCUAUGAUUGUGUUGAAUAGUAAUAUGACAAGUAAAAUGUUAAUUUUAAACAAUUUUUAAAUUAUAAUAAUUAUAAAUCUAGAAAAUAUAGAAACUGUCACUUAAAACAUGCAAAUUCCAAACUGGUUCACCUAAUAAACCAUCUUUAUUCACU